AUGACGAUGCAACCAACAACACGCACUGUCCCCUACUUCUCUCCUCCCCCCGCGCUGAUUUCAUCGCUCGACUUGCUGACGACUUACAUUCCCCCAGCUCUCCCAAGCAGAUCAUCCGUUCCCAUUUCUCGCUUGCCACACCUCACAGACCCAUCAUAUCUUUUCCAGACUUCUGCUGGAUCAUCAAUCGCAUCAUCAGGCCACACUCCACACCCAUACACCCCAACAACCGCAGAAAUGGUGUCUAGAGCACUUUCUACGGGCCUGCGUGCCUGGCAGUUAUUCUGCGCCAUCCUCGUCACAGCCUUCAUGGGCAACAACAUUGCGCGCGCCGGUUCGGGCGUCCACUCCAUUGUCAACUACUCCCUCUUCGUCGGUGUAUGGUGGCUCUUCACCCUACUCUACUUUCUACCUACCUCCUUCAUCGAAAAGUUUAGCAUUCCAAUUGUCGACAUCGCCAUGGAUGGCUUGAGUGUGCUCUUCGGUUUCUGCGCCGCCAUCGCUCUCCCAGCAUACCUGGGUGCACACAGCUGUUCCAACUCUAACUACACACGAUCCAACAAAAUCACCAACAGCUCCGCCAACUCUGGCCAAAACUGUCGUCAGGCACAAGCUACCUGCGCCUUCCUGUGGUUCGGAUGGGUCGCCUUCGUCAUCACUCUCGCCCUCAACCUCAUGGCUGGCCGCGGCGCUAACCUGCGUGGCGGAAUUCGCCGUGGAGGUCCCUCCAUGAGCCAGGUGUAG